AUGUUGUUCUGCAAAGUAUCCCAGUGGAUGACGAGGAUCAUGCCUCUCCUCGUCCCCGCCGUCUGCGCCAAGAAAACCGCCACAGCAGCCGUCAACGACCACCGCGUCGUAGUCGCGACGGAGCACGUCUCGCUACUCCCUCUUAUCAGCGACAAGUCCAACAUCCCAGUAACCCACGUGCUCAUCGCCGCCAUCCACAUAACCGACGACCCAGGCGUCCACCUAAACAACUACCCGCCGGAAAACUCUCUCUUCGACCAAGUCUGGUCCGACGCCGCACAGCUGCAAGCCGCCGGCGUAACCGUAAUGGGGAUGCUCGGCGGCGCCGCCGCAGGCUCGUACUCGCGACUGGACGGGGACGCCGCCUCCUUCGAGAAAUACUACAAGCCGCUGCACGACAUGAUCGGGACGUACAACCUGCAAGGCCUGGACCUCGACGUCGAGGAAUCCAUGUCGCUAAGCGGCAUCAUCCGGCUCAUCGACCGUCUGAAGAAAGACUUCGGCGCCUCAUUCACGAUCUCCCUAGCCCCUGUCGCCGCGGCGCUAACGGAGGGAGGCGGGAACCUAAGCGGGUUCAGCUACUUCGAUCUGGAGAAGCAGCGCGGCUCGUCGAUUUCGUUUUACAACGGGCAGUUCUACUACGGCUGGGGCGACGCGUCCAGCGCCUCGGACUACGAAUCGAUCCUCGACGACGGGUUCGCCGCGAACAAAGUGGUGCUAGGGCUCGUCACGAACCCAUCCAACGGGGGCGGGUUCGUCGCUCUCGACAAGCAAGCCACGGUGUUACAGGAACUAACAAGCGAGAACCCGACGUUCGGCGGCGUGGCCGGGUGGGAGUACUUCAACUCGGUGCCAGGCGGCGAGUCCGCGCCGAACCAGUGGGCCACGUGGAUGGCGCAGCACGCGUGCAAGAUAGGUAGCAUCUUGAAGGUAACAACAAUAUGCAUCAGCGCUGAAGCACAUCAAGGAUUAACUUUAUCCAGACCCUUCCAUCGUCACUAUCAAAAGCCUUCUACAUGA